AUGAUUGACGUACUUUCCAUUCCAAGCAGGGCUGCUGCGCCAGACAGCAAGCAUCCAAACAUCGUGAUCAUGGAAACCCGCAAACAACAUCAGACCGCCACUCCUGCAAUGCCCUCUACAGUCGACGAGCUCAUCAGAUUGAGAGCUCAACAAGAAGGAAAAGACUCUCCGAUCAUCGCCUAUCCUGAGGAAGGCACAGCAUACAAGGAUUAUACUCCCUCUCAGCUAGACGAAUUUGUCAACAGAGCUGCAUCUUUCUAUGCUACGAGCAUCGUCCAGAGAACCACAUCGGAUGACCCAGUGCAAGUCAUCGGACUCUUGGGGCCCUCAGACUUGAGCUAUCUUGUAGCUUUUCUUGCGAUUUCUCGCCUUGGUCACUCGGUCUUGUUACUUUCGACAAGGAUCAUUGAAGAAGCUCUCGAGUCCCUUCUCAGGACUACGAAAGCUACCACACUUCUCUAUAACGAGGCAUUCGACAUCACCGCUUCUGUAUUGACAGAUCAGAUUUCUGACUUGUCCACAACGAAGAUCUGUGGAACCACAUGCUUGCCAACUACAACUGAGAACCUGAAGCCUGCAAGAUUGGAUCCGAGCAGAGAGAAUUCGAACGUAUCCUUCAUCAUACACUCAAGCGGUUCGACAGGUCUACCGAAGCCGAUCUUUCAAACACACAAAGCGUCUCUAUAUGCUUACUCACAACAUUUCAAUAGAGUUGGCCACAUAACUCUCCCGCUCUAUCACAACCAUGGAAUCUGCUGCCUGUUCCGGGCUAUCUGGGCUGGCAAGAAAAUUUACAUCUACAAUGCCAAAUUGCCUCUGACAUCCCAACACCUACUCGCAACUCUCACAGAGCAUCAGGACAUCAAGAUACUCUAUGCCGUUCCGUAUGCUCUUAAGCUUCUCAGCGAGACUGAAGAUGGUGUGAAACUGCUGAGCAACCUUGACAUCGUCAUGUUUGGCGGAUCUGCCUGUCCAAAACCUAUCGGCGACAGACUUGUCGAGUCUGGUGUCAACCUUGUAGGACAUUAUGGAGCUACAGAACUCGAACAGCUUAUGACUUCCUUCCGCAAUCACAAACAAGACAAAGGUUGGGACUGGCUGCGAGUGGGACCUCAUCUGGAACCAUACCUCAAGAUGGAAAGCAGAGGUCCCAAUCUCUUCGAGCUGUGCGUGACGGAAGGGUGGCCUUCGAAAGUGGCGACGAACCGUGAUGACGGAUCAUACGCGACUAAGGACCUGUUCGAGCCUCAUCCAUCCAUUUCCAACGCUUGGCGUUACUAUGCUCGUCUCGAUGACACAUUGGUCCUCGAGAACGGCGAGAAGGCUAAUCCCUUGCUUGCUGAAGGCGUCAUUCGACAAAGCCAGCAUGUAGCGGAGGCUGUAGUCUUCGGUGCCAACAAGCCUCGACUGGGCGCAUUUGUAAUACCAGCGGCCACUACACAUCUUACAGACGAGGCUCUACUGGAUGCUCUGAUGAUCUACGUGGACGAAGCGAACCAAGGGGCCCCUUCGUUUGCAAAGCUUUCGCGAGAGAUGAUCAAAGUCUUACCAUGCGACGUUGACUACAGAAAGACCGACAAGGGUACCGUCAUUCGUGCCGCGUUUUACCGAGACUUCUCAGAUCACAUUGAAGCCGCUUAUGCAGACGAGCUUUCUGGAUCACUUGUUCUGCCCAAACCUCAAUUGCUUGACUUUCUUCGCGGAGAAUUUUCUUCGCGUGUCGUUCUCAAGGAAGGCAGUCUCGAUUCCGAAGUCGAUUUGUUCAGCCUUGGUGUCGAUUCGCUCCAAGCUAUUCAGGCCAGGAGCAAUAUCAUCAAGACGCUCAGAGUCGAGGCACAAGACAUUGGUAGAAAUUUUGUGUUCGACUUCCCGACUCUGAAUCAAAUGGCCAAUGAGAUCCUUCGCCUCCAGCAAGGUGCACCAAAGCUGAUCAAGCUUAGUGUCGAAGAACGAAUGGCAGCUAUGGUGGAGAAGUAUGCCGAGUUUGAGCAGCAUCAGGCAGUUGAGAACCCAGCUGAUGGAGCACACGUCGUGAUCACCGGUGCCACAGGCUCUCUGGGUGCUCAUGCCGUCUCAAUUCUGGCAGCGAAGCCGACGACGAAGAGAGUGUAUUGUCUCGUCAGGGCCAAAGACGUCCAAGACGCUGACAGAAGAGUAAAACAGUCGCUGUCCGAACGGCGUCUACUUCAUACACUAUCUGCAGCCGCUCGAGCGAAGAUUUCAUCCUACNCCUCUGAUUUCGCUCAAGCUCAACUGGGUCUCAAUCCCUCGCAAUACGAAGACAUCUCUGGGAGCAUCACGCAUCUCCUCCACUUUGCAUGGUCCGUAAAUUUCAACAAGAAUCUCGAGAGCUUCGAAACGGACUGUAUUGGUGGCGCGCGCAAUUUGAUGAGACUCUGCUUGCAAGCUAAGAGACCUCAACCUGCUUGUUUCAACUUCUGCUCUUCGGUGAGCGCAACAGCCAGAACUCCAGGUGGCAUCGUGCCUGAGAAACUCCNNCCUGCCUCUUUUGAGUAUGCACAGGGGAUGGGCUAUGCUCAGUCCAAAUUGGUUGCUGAACAUCUGUGCGACCGUGCUGCUAAGCAAACAAGCAUGAGAUGCCGCAUCCUUCGGGUAGGUCAGAUCAUCGGUGACACUCGCCACGGUAUCUGGAACGAGACAGAAGCGAUCCCUCUGAUAUUCCAGUCUGCAGGUUCGACUGGAACACUACCCGCACUUGAUGAGAAUCCCUCAUGGCUGCCAGUCGAUUCUGUUGCCAAUGCCUGCACCGAAAUUGCUCUAAGCGACGCCGACAGUGGUGUAAUGAACAUUGUCAAUCACAACUCUUUCCACUGGACUAGGGACUUGCUUCCACUUCUCCAGAAGGCUGGUCUAUCUUUCGAAGCAGUCGAUCAGCGGGAAUGGAUACAAAGACUCCGAGCAUCGAAUCCAGAUCCUGUCGAAAAUCCAUCUAUCAAGCUGAUCGAUUUCUUCGCAGCCAAGUACGACAACGAUGACGUCCGGAGGUUCUUGAAGUUUGCCUCAGAUGUCGCACGGCGUCAUUCUCCAUCCCUCGAACAUGCCAAAGUCAUAGAGGGUGAUAUCAUAACGAAGAUUGUGAAUCACCUCGGGACAAGGUACACCUCGAAUCUGGAUCCCAAGCCCUUUGGUACGGCGAUUGUAAUCGGAGGCCCAUGUGGUACGGGAAAAUCUUCCCUAGCCGGGAAACUGUCCGAGGCGCUGUCAUUACCCGUUAUCGAAGGUGACGCGUUGCAUUCUAUCGCGGCUCGUACGCGGAUGAGCAACAAGAUCCCUCUACAGGACGAAGAACGGAUGGAAUGGCUGGCCCAUCUGCGAGGCGCUAUCAUAUGUUCCCUCACUACUUUCAAAGCUCCAACGGUAGUUAUCACUUGUUCGGCUUUGAAGGUGGCCUAUCGCGACGAGCUUAGGAAGCUCAAUGAGCUUGCUGGCAUCAAAACAGUAUUCCUGUUGCUUGCAACGGAUGAUAGCGAUGCCCUCAAGGCUCGGAUGAAUAAGCGAGAGNGGCACUACAUGGACUCGUGCAUGGUUGAUGCACAAGUAGCACUUUUCGAGGAGAUACAGGACCAUGAAGUUGAUUGUGUUCAACUUGAUGCUAUGCGUGACUUGGACGAUGUUGUGGCUGAGGCAUUAUGUCUCAAGAAUUCUUUGCUUGGUGAAGGUCCCUAG